GGCAAACUUAAUCCAGUGGAUCGAGGCAGCUUCUUCGGCGCGGGUUCUGGGAACUGAUCUACACCGCGUAGACACAUACAAGAAAUCAAAUGGGAACAUCCUCCGCAAGGCUGGGCGCUUUGAAUUCGGACGGAUCGGUGGUUAAUGGACAAGCUGCAGCGGGAGGUGUGUUAAGGGACGAGAAUGGGCGGCUAAUAAGGGCUUUCUCUAUGAAGUUGGGCGAAGUAUCCAUUACGAGAGCUGAACUGGAGGGAAUAGUGAAGGGAUUACAGGUAGCGUGGAACGAGGGACUCAGGUGCAUCGUCGUACACACGGACUCACAGACUGCCAUCAAACUCAUUAAGGAAGCCGAGAACCGGCAUCGCCACUUCCUUUUGGUGCAGGAAGCUCGACGGCUGCUGGCACUUGAUUGGCAGGUUCAGCUACUACAUGUUUAUAGAGAAGGCAACUUUGUUGCCGAUUACUUGGCCUCAGCAGGACACAAGCUUCAGCAGGGGGAUCCACUUUCUUGAAUAGCCGGACCCAAUGUUAAAGUACUGGUUGUAUUUUAAUUUGAUUGGGGUGGAAAGGUGGAAACACCCCAAAUGGUUGUUAGUUAACGGUUGGGGUGCCCGUAGCACUCCGUUUCUUAAAAAAAAAAACGUGAUUAACCCUUUUUUUGUUGUUGUUAUCAUACACCGAAAAGUGAGAAUUAGAAACAAGUAAACGGUAACGAGUUGA